AUGAGUAGAUCAAUCACAGACGUUGCCCGCAGACUGAAGAAGACGGGUGUGACACUGAUCAAGAUGAAUGGCAACUACACAAGAGCAGACAUCGAAAGGAUUGCACAGCGAGACAGCAACACACUCAAGAGAUAUGGCGCCAAUGCCAGGAUAGAGGUUGUGCUUGACUAUGGCAACCGUCAGUAUCGAUCAGGCAAGUUUACAAGGUAG